UGUCACCGCUAGUAUGUUUACAAGCAUGUCAAUCUCCCUUAUCUGGCCCAUUUGACUAGCUCACCUGUCACUGGCGCUUAAGCUGCCGGAUUUCGUCGUUAUGCCUUCAAUUGGGUAUCUUGCAAACGGGCAUUCCGAUAAGACGUUUGUCUUGGUCAGCGUAGUUCGUCGUUGUAUUGCCUCGUUGAAAGAAGGGACUUUUAUCGCACCCCAGGGUAGUCCGAGUCGCUGACGAUGAUAAGAAUACCUUGCUGCCGCUGGUUGUCUAAACGGGAGUCGAGAAAAAGCAUAAGCCGGCCAUUGGCUUACAGCUGAUUAGGCCCGGAUUGCGACAACGAAAGCAUUGCGAAUUGUCACCUCAAUCAUUCGCGUAUAGUCACGGCUUACGGAUGUCGUUCUGUGCAGGUCGUUUUUCGAGAGUGAUUCGUUUCGAUCGGUGGAGAAUUUCGUGUAGUGUUUCGCAGUUUCCGUCGGAUUAAAAUCAUCACACGUGUGUUUUUGUGAAUUUGUCUGAAUCAGUGAAAUAUAAAGUUUCCGAAAAUGAUGCAAAAUUGGAAUAACUGUUCAGAAGUGUACGGGAAUGAUGGUUCCUCGUUUUACACUUCACAGGAAAAUUAUUACCACCCUAGUAAAAGUUAUCAAAAUUACGGUGGGUUUCAACAACCGGCCAUUUACAACGAUAUGUCGGUAGUUAACAACGCGGGCUUUCACUGCCCACCGCAAGCACCUGUUGCUUAUCAGCAACCGGCAAUGGUGUCUGCGGCGCCGAAUCCGGUGUACACUCAUCAUCAGCCUUCACCGGCCGUGAACCCAGCGUACAUGGAACAACCGUAUCCUCUGCCGAAUUAUCCACCCUGCCAAGGUCCUCCGGGUGGCCCUUGGAACUACGGCUACUGUUACGGUUUCUACGGCGAAGCUCCCUGUGCCUAUGUGGAUGUUGUCGAUAUGGAAGACUUCAUGAACAAUGAGAAGCGCAAAGAGAAAUCUCGCGAUGCAGCUCGAUGCCGUCGCUCCCGGGAAACGGAAAUCUUCCAAGAUUUGGCAAGCCUAUUGCCAAUGCGCCAGGAGGAUGUCGACCACCUGGACAAGGCAUCAGUUAUGCGUCUAUCAAUAGCGUAUCUCAAAGUUCGCGAUAUGGUCGAUUUAGUUCCAACGGCGGACAAAAAAGAAGGUAUCAUAGCCGAGGCCGAGGAUGGUAAAGCUACGGACGAUGAUGUUGAUAUGGAGGAAGAUUCAAAGCCAGCUAUGAAUGAGCUAGCUUUGGAAAGGGAAAAGCUAGCCCUCCUUUCGUUGGAUGGUUUCUUGCUAGUUCUAUCUGCUGAUGGAGAUAUCACCUAUAUCUCGGAAAAUGUUAGCGAUUAUCUCGGCCUGUCUCAGAUCGACAUGAUGGGGCAACCAAUUUGGGAAUACAGUCACCAGUGUGACCAUGAAGAGUUACGAGAAGCACUUAACGGACGGCAUCAUAGUCCGUCAGAGCUGCUUAAGGGUGUAGCUAAUAGCGAUUGUAAACCGAUGGAAAAUCGUGACUUUUUCCUGCGGCUCAAAUGCACCCUGACCAGUCGUGGCAGGAGCGUCAAUAUCAAAAGUGCUUCGUACAAAGUGAUUCACGUAACAGGUCACAUUGCAUGCAAGGAAAACGGUCAACGGCAGCUGGUGGCUGUGGCCCGCCCGUUGCCACAUCCCUCCAACAUCGAGGUACCGUUGGAUUCGAGCACCUUCCUGAGCAAGCAUUCAUUGGAUAUGAAGUUUAGCUAUGUUGAUGAUAAAAUGUUCGCCCUGUUGGGUUACAAUCCGGCUGACUUGAUGGGCAAGUCUUUGUACGAGUGUCAUCACGGCGUCGAUUCGGAUCACCUGAUGGGAACCUUCAAGAAUGUCAUCAGCAAAGGCCAGAGCGAAACGGCCCGGUACCGGUUCCUGGCCCGUACCGGCGGUUACGCCUGGGUAGUGACGCAGGCGACGCUUAUCUACGAUAAGCAGAAGCCGCACAGCAUCGUUUGCGUCAACUACGUCAUCAGUGGUGUGGAGCACAAAGAUGAAAUAUACUCGUGUGCCCAACUGGAAGCACGUCAACAGAAGUCUGUGCAAGCCGAGGAUUCACCAGCAGUUGAAGCAGCAGUCAAUAGCAGUGCCGCCAGCGCAGCAGCAACAGUGAAGACAAGUGAUAGAGUGCUCAAAGAGAAUAUCAACAUCAGUAACAGCAACAACACUAUUAACGAUCUAAAGAAGGAACUCACACCGAAGAAAGAAGCCGAAAAAGUGGUUAAGGUGAUUCAUAAAGUGCCGGCUCCGGUCAGUGGUAAUUGUGUAAUACGUCCGGUAUCCGUGACAGCAUCCAUCUUUACCAGUGUUGCCAAGAAACCAUUAACAGAAGCAGUAGCAGCAGCAGCAACAAUAACAACAACGACAACACCGGUGGUAGUUGUGGAAGAAAAACCGCCGGAACGUAAGGUACCGCAAUCGGUAACGGCGAAACUGUUUGUCAAACCGAAACACGCCACCGAUAAGAUAUUCGCCCCUCGUACGGAAGAUAUGAACAAAGGAUUCUUGAUGUUCUCGGAGGAGGAGCCAGGUCUGACAAUGCUAAAAGAUGAACCGGACGAUCUAACCCAUCUGGCUCCGACAGCAGGCGACGCGUGUAUACCGCUGGAAGAAACUGGUCAGUUCUUCAACGAUGUGUUCGACGAUUUCAUGAUUCCCGACAACUACACAUCCCUGCUCCAGGAUGACCUCAGCUCCCUGGACAGUACUGACCACCAGCUCCGUUCCAGCUCCAGCAUAUCGGUUGCGUCCCCAAUUGCCCUUAACGAUUCGACCGUCGCAGCCGUCGGUUCCCUCACAAGCGCCGCCAUGUCCCAGCACCUCCACCACAGCCCCAACAGCAACAGUAGCCACUCAUCCGCAUCAUCGUCCCUGUCAUCCUCAGUGUCGGCAUCGGCAGCGACCUCAACGUCUGCGUCAAGCUCAGUGUCGAACUUGUCCUCCCUGUCGUCGGUAACAUCGGGUAUUGGAUCGGCGGGCUCGUCGAUAGGGUCUCAGAACGGUUCCGCAGGGGGUGGCCAAACCACAAUCGGUUCCGCAGCGAGUAACGAUCCGUUCAUCAACUACCGCGACGAAAUCACCGAAAUCAGCCACUCACCGCAGCAUUUACUGUCCCCUGAACUGUCGAAGAGCCCCGAAGGAAGCAGCAUACCGUCACUUUGUAGCCCGAAUGGAUCGGGCUGUCCUGAGGAUGAGCUUGCAUUUAUGACCCUCAAUAUGGAUGACGACGAUUUGACUAUGUCGAUGCGCGCCCCCUACAUAUCGAUGAGCGAAGUGGACGACCUUCCGCUGCUCACUUCCGACGAUCUGAUGUGGGGUGCUCCGGCUGCGCCUGUGGACAGCGCGACCGCGGCCGCCAUGGCAGCCGCUGCCGGCAAAUAUUUAAUCAAGGAAGAAUACACACCCACCCAACAACCCCUACAGCAACAGCUGUCGCCACAAACAAAUACCACCACCACUUCGGUUUCACCCAUCAAAACUCCACAAUCGGUCACGGUCACCGCAAGGAUCUCGGACUUGAACGGUGGCACCAACAACAAUAACGAAAACAACUGCAAUAUCGGCAACAAAACCAUCGAUUCCAGCUUGGCGGCACUGCUCUGCGGCGGCAAUGUAAUCAACAUUCAACUACCGCAGCAACAACAGCAACUACAAAACGGCAACAGGCACAUUUUGGUUCAUCAUCAGCAACAGCCACAACAUCAGGUGAUAGCAGCAGCAGCGCAAGCGGAAGCCGACAAAAGGAUUAAGCUGAUCGAUUCGUCGAAUUUGGUGCAUCCGAUGGUUGUGAUUACACCGAACUUCAACAAGAACAGUAACACGAUCGAGACCUGGUCCAUGAACGAUCUGCUACAGCUGAAUGGAGUUACAAACACAGCCACAAAUGGAACCACUACUGUGACAACAACCCCCGGACAGAAGUUGAACGUAAUCGCGUCGAUUGUCCCCAAGAAAAAUACUACCGCCAACAAUAAUUCCACCGGUGUCGUUUCUCACAAGCGCACCCUCGGAGAAAGUACCGAUGGAAGCAGCAAACGCGUUAAACUGAAUCCCACCAACAUCACCGUAAACCAACAGCAAUCUCCCACGUCUUCGCCUCAGUUGCUACAGCAACUCAUGGCGCCGUCCCCUGUUCCGGCCAAGGCCAAAGCCAAGUCUAAGUCGUUGCUGGACCAAUCGGAACAACAUCGAUGGUCCACCGGCAAGGUCAACGGUCUGCAGGAACAAGCAUCCAACUCGGUUCUCAUGAACCUCCUCGUCAGCGGAUGCGACAACAACAUUCCCAAAUUUUCAUCAGAUGCAAUGAUCGUAGAGGACCAACCGAUGUAUGAUCCGAAUGAAUUAACCGACGACGAAGACGAAGACCGUAUCCCCAUUCUGGCCAACCCGAUGCUGGGAAGCACCACCACCACCGGAUCGCCAUCGUCCACCGGUCAGCUCACCAUCCAAACGGAAGACAUCGCCCCGAAGGGCCGCGGCAACGACGAUUUCAUGAUGACCGUUUCACCGAGCCUGUUGACUCCGUCGGAUUUGGAAAUCUGGCGUGCCAUCAAGCAGGGUUUGGACCCGAAAAAGAUUCCGCAGAACUACGGCCUGUCGGUUGCUGCCGGCUACGGAGAUCGUUACCCGAAGUCGUUGGCCACCACUCCGACCGCGCAGCUAGGAAUGAUAUCUGACGACACGCACGGUGGAGCCGAGUGCGAAACCGGAGGAAACUUGCUGUCGGUGUUGGACCCGGCCAUGGCCAUCAGCGGAUUGCGUACAGACGAGGAUGACGACGACAGUGGCAGACAGUUGACAACAGGCCCACUGGACUACGAAAUGACCAUCCCGGUCAAUGAGAUUUUGCAGAAUAAUCUCAUCUGAUUGUGUGCUAUGUUUUAAGGCAACUUCUUGUACGUUUAAUAUGAUUCACAUUUUAAUUGAAACCGAUUUCUUGAGAGGUACAGUUUUUUACAUAAGUUUUAGAUUCUCGAAAAAAAUGCGAUUAGUUUUGGAAAUUGAACAAAAUGAGUUAAACACUUUUCUCGAUCUUUUCGGACACCUUUGAACCUUUCAAUUUGCAAGCAGUGAAAACAUGCAGUUACGAAUGAUAAUGCUCAGGUAGUACAGAAACAAAAUGGUAAUUUUCUACAAAUCUAUACAACAAAAAUAAAUAAAGUAACAAAACAAGCAUCAGCGUGAUAGAAAUGGCAAAGAAAACGGUCGAGCAGAGUCUUUUAGGGAAAGUUAAUUGUUAAUUAUUGUAAUUCUUUUCAAUAAUAGUUUAAUUUGUGUUGUUGAUGGUACUAUUUACAGAUUUUACUUUAUUUUGUGUGUUUAAUUUUACAACCUUCAAUUUACUCAAUAAUAGUUUUCUUUUUCGUAUAUUUUGGGUGUCGGUGCAGAGAUUCAUUUUAGUUUAGAGAGAAAAACCAAGUACAAUGACAGUUUGAAAAUAGUCAGAUUAUAUGAUAGAGAGAUUUAAGCAACAAGACAGCCGCAGUAAAUCUCAAGUGUUCCACAAAACGUGUGGAAUCGUAAACAUAUUAUCCAACCGGAAUCAGAUAUCUUCCUUUCGUGACCAACAACUUUUUCAAUCUGCAGCACAAAAUAAAUGGAUCGCAUUUAGUGACGCAUGUUAUUGUCAUUGAGCUUUCGUGCAUAUGUUUAGAUCUAUAGAACAGAACAAUAAUACCUAAGUUUGGUAAUUCUUUACACGAUAUGAUGAAAAUUCCCACAGUUUACUUAACCAUAAAAUCUGCAUUUUGCUUUCAGUUAUCCAACAACCUUAGUUCCACAAUUCCGAAAAAAUAGUCUGAACAAUUUUAACGCCAUUAAAAAUCUAUGUCCAACAACUUGUGUGACCUUCUAACAUUUGUAAUUGCAAACCUUCAAAUCUAACUAAUACAUGCGGACAUUUUACAACACAAGAAAAUAAUGAUACAAACCAAACUUUUAUGGAGAUAUAUCAUACCUUAUAUAUGUAUACAUGUAAUCGUAUAAUAGACGUAGUGUUUGUUUUACGUAUACACAACUAGAAUUAGUACAAUAAAGCAAAAUUUAUAACCAGUAGUUACGUAAUGCAAGCAAA